UACAAUACGACAGACAUAUUUCCUGCCCAUGCGUUUGAGAGAGUGUGUGUGUGUGUGUGUGUGUGUGUGCAUAGACGCAGAUGUAACCAAAGCAAAUCUAAAUUGUCUAAAUCUCCUUAUGCAGCUGGAAGACUCUUUUUUCCAGGUUGUCACUGCCGGAUGUGCCCGGAACCUUGGUUUGGAAAUGGAAAAAGCUGUUACCAAAUUUCAAGUGAAAAGCUAACUUGGGAAAAGAGCAGAGAAGCCUGCACCUCUAAGAAUGCUUCCCUUCUUCAGAUAGACAACCGUAAUGAGCUGGAUUCCAUUAAAAUUCUGCCGAUGAUGGGAUGGAUGGGGAUCUUCCGGGAAUCACCUGUAAAGCCUUGGAGAUGGCUGAAUGGCUCUGAACUUUCUCUUGGCCUAAUUGCAUUAAGCAACACUCAAGGAGAAGGGAACUGUGUUGUUUUCAGAUCAAGAGAUGGCCCCUUCAUUGAGAGGUGUUCAGUGGAAAUAACCUAUAUCUGCAAAUCAUAGGCCUGGUCAAUAUAAUUAAUUCUGGAAUCCUUAGAAUUCAGUCAAGGAAAGAGCACAACUGUGGACAUCAUCAAAAGUGAGACUUUUGACAUCAUUUGUCAGCCUCAAUUUCCCUCUACUAUUUUCACUAAGCAACAUCUGUAUUCUAAACCUUGGACACUAUCAUUGAUGAGAGGUAGAAGGGGAUGGACUGGAUUUUCAGGCUUGGGAAACACCCUUAUCUACAAGGCAACCCACCAGUUACUCAGAGAGCUUCUCCGCUGGUUUCAGCCCUCAUGAAAUUGCUGAAAAUUUCACCACCAAAGGAAAUGUUACUUCUUAUUAAGAUAAUAAAUCUCCA